AUGAAGCAAAGUCAAUUUCAGUUACGCAUCUGCUCGGCACAUUUUGAAGGAGGAGAAAAAAAAGAAGGUGAUAUUCCUGUGCCUGACCCACAGUUGGACGCUCCAAUCUCAAUUGAGCUUCCACCAAAAGAAACAAAAAGCAGUGAUCGAAGACGAGCGGCCCUACAACAACAGCAACAUCAUUACCAGUCGAGGACGACUGCUCGUUCUACUCCUACAUCUAACAGGUCUUCCGCUAGCACCUCUGUAAGACGAAGUCGUUCCCUCGCGGUCACCGCUGAUUACUUGGCCAGUUGGAGAAGUCGUACUCUCACUGACGGUUAUUGUUUUUUUCUUCUAUUUAUACUCCUUUAG